GUGCGUUAAGGUGAUCAGCGGUGGUGUGUGUUGUUGUUAUGUCUUCAAGUGUCGUGCAUGCAUUUUAUGCAUCUGUUGCUUUGCAUGCACACACACUCUCUCUCCUCACCCUUUCUCUCUCCUCGUUUUCUCUCUCCUCGUUUUCUCUCUCUACAGAGACACACGCCCUCAUUUUUCUCUCUCUAAAAUUUCAGAUUUGAGGGGUUAGACAGCUAGCACCGCAAAGUUGGGUUCUUUUUGUUCAUGUGAAUGACCCAUUUAAUCGCUCUCUUUUCAGUGGAAUUUUGGAGUUUGGAUUGAUGGGUUCCGACAUUUGCGUUGUGAAUGGUUCGUGCACUCAUGAAUGGAGGAAGGGGUGGACUCUGCGAUCUGGUGGAUUCGCCCAACUGUGCUGCAAGUGCGGAUUUAUGGAGGAGUGGAAGGGUGACACCCUUGACCCAUUAUCUUCCCAGGACAAUUCAGUUUUCUGUAAUAAAUUCCACCGCCAACAAAAUGGUUGGAGGGAGUGUAACUUUUGCAACAAGCCUAUCCACUGUGGAUGCGUAGUAUCUAGAUCUUUGUUCGAGUAUCUUGACUUUGGUGGUAUAGGCUGUGUUAGCUGUGUAAAUACUACCCAACUUAGUAUGAUGAGGAAUACUGAAAAUCCAAAUGGGUCAGUUUCAUCGAUAAAAAGUAAUGCAAGUGAUCGACAUUCUGCCCAUUUUGAUGGAAGACUGUUUGCGGGUAGUGUUGAUGAAGGAAAACUUAUGCAAUUCUGCAAAAUUGUUGAAGCCAGUGAAUCCAGCCGUUGGAAUCAUGGUCAAAGAGAUGGCAUAAUUCCACGGUGUGGGCAAAACAACCAAGAAGCUAAGUGUUCCUUCAGGGAAGGGGAUGUUGGAUUUUCAAAUGUGAUGAAACCAUCUGUUCAGUCAUUAACAUUUGCCACAUUAGAAAAUAAUAGGUCAACCUGGGAGAUUAAAAACAUGCAUGAAUCAAAUUCACAGCCAUCGUUGAGUAUGUAUCUGGGAAAUGCAUCAGGGAGCAACUCUGUCCCGCCUUCUGUUGGAGAGGCUUUAGAAGGAAGACUUGAUGGUAAAACAUCUCCUCCCUUUCAUCAAGGGCAAAGAUCUCGCCCUAUAUUCCCCAAACCGUUAAAGAGUGGGCUUACCAUAAGUGUGGAAACAGAUAAAGGUAGAAUUUCUCAAUCACGCGUUGCUCGGCCGCCUGCUGAUGGAAGGGGGAAGAAUCAGUUACUUCCUCGAUACUGGCCAAGGAUUACUGAUCAAGAGCUGGAGCGAUUGGCUGGGGAUUUGAAAUCCACUGUAGUGCCAUUGUUUGAGAAGGUGUUGAGUGCCAGUGAUGCAGGUCGAAUUGGCCGUCUUGUUCUCCCAAAAGCUUGUGCUGAGGCAUAUUUUCCUCAUAUUUCACAAUCUGAAGGUGUUCCUUUGCGAAUGCAAGAUGUGAAGGGGAAUGACUGGAAAUUUCAGUUCAGAUUUUGGCCUAAUAACAACAGUAGGAUGUAUGUUUUGGAGGGCGUGACCCCUUGCAUACAGUCCAUGCAGUUACGAGCUGGCGAUACUGUAACAUUUAGUCGGAUAGAUCCUGGAGGCAAACUUGUUAUGGGCUUCAGAAAGGCAUCAAAUUCUACGGAUACACAGGAUGCCUCCACAUCUGCACCAUCUAAUUCAACCAAGGGAACUUCCUCUUCUGCUGGAACUGAGAAUCUGCCAUCGGGAAGUAAUCAUGCCGAUCUUCUCCAUUCAGUGACAGGGAAUGUGGAACCUCACUUAGAUGAGCAUACAGAACAUCUGCAUUUGGGUACUGGAACUGCUGGGUUGCUUAAAACUGAAAAUAAUGAGAUGACAAACAAUAGUUUGGUGCAACAACAAAUUUCAGUUUCAGAGAAGAAGAGGACUCGCAAUAUUGGGCCUAAAAGUAAGAGGUUGCUAAUUGAUAAUGUAGAUGCUAUGGAGUUGAAACUUACAUGGGAAGAAGCACAAGAUUUGCUUCGUCCUCCUCCUAGUGUCAAGCCAAGCAUUGUCACAAUUGAGGACCAAAUAUUUGAAGAAUAUGAUGAACCCCCAGUUUUUGGAAAGAGAACUAUAUUCAGUGCCUGUUCAUCUGGGGGGAAGGAACAAUGGGCUCAAUGUGAUGAUUGCUCUAAAUGGCGAAAGCUGCCCAUUGAUGCUCUUCUUCCACCGAAGUGGACAUGUUCUGAAAAUGUUUGGGAUUCAAUCAGGUGUUCAUGCUCUGCAGCAGAGGAACUAAGUUCAAGGGAAUUGGAAAAUCUUCUGAAAACCAACAAAGAUUUUAAGAAGCGACGAGUUGUAGAAAGCAGCAAGUCAAUCCAAGAACAUGAGCCUUCUGGCUUGGACGCUCUUGCCAGUGCAGCAGUUCUAGGAGAAAAUCUCGUCGACACUGCCGAAUCAUCAGCCAGAGCCACCACCAAACAUCCUAGACACCGCCCUGGCUGCUCCUGCAUCGUGUGCAUUCAGCCCCCAAGCGGAAAGGGCAAACACGAGCAGACAUGCACAUGCAACGUGUGCACGACCGUGAAGCGCCGGUUCAAAACCCUCAUGCUAAGGAAGAAGAAACGGCAGUCUGAACACGAAGCAGAUGCUGCUCAAAAGGAACAAGUUCUCCAGAAAGAUGAGUCAGAUACCAAUGGAGCAUCAAGAGAUGAUGCAAGCCUUUUGGAGAAAGCUGAAGUGGGUGAGUCCAGUGGUGGACAGAUAGAUCUGAAUUCUCAUCCCAACCGUGAAGACAUGAUGCAAGUGGAUGUCACAGGACUUGACAUGUCUACUCCUCUUGAAACAACAACAACAAACCAUUCAGUAAGGGAAUUUAUGAACCAAAAUGACCUAAGAAGCUUUGAUAAUGAAGUGCAGGGUGGCCAGAAUUCUUCUUUGCACACUCAAUCUAAUGGAGAAGGUCAGAGAUUCUUCUCUGAUGGAAGAUGCUUUUCAUCCAUUGUGUGGAACCAAGAAAGAGAUGAGGUAUACAGUCAAUCCAAUCAAAGUCAAAACAAUCUUCCUUGACAAUUUAUUUAUUUUUAUAUUUAAUCAGUUUUUAUUUUUUUGGAAUUUUUAUAUUUCUCCUUGCAAUCAUACAGUAUAUAUAUUGCUUUCUUUUUCAAAAGGGUGGUCAAAGAUAGUUAUUUCUUAUAUAAAAAAAAAAUAAUGUAAGUUAUUUCUUAUAUAAAAAAAAAAAUAAU